AUAAAUUUCCCUCUCUCUCGCCCGUUUCUCUGUUAAAAAAAAAACAAACAAACAGGCAAAUGGCAAAGGCAAUUCGAUUCUUUGAGUUGAACACCGGGGCUAAAAUCCCCUCCGUCGGUUUAGGGACAUGGCAGUCCUCCCCUGGGGUUGUUGGUGAAGCUGUUGCACUUGCCGUAAAGGGUGGGUACCGUCAUAUUGAUUGUGCUGAGAUCUAUGAAAAUCAGAAGGAGAUUGGUACUGUGCUGAAGAAGCUGUUUGAUGAUGGUGUGGUGAAGCGCGAGGAUCUUUGGAUCACUUCCAAACUCUGGUGCAACAGUCAUGCACCAGAGGAUGUGCCGGAGUCAUUGAAUAGGACUUUGCAAGACUUGCAUCUCGACUACUUGGAUCUCUUUCUGGUCCACUGGCCAGUUAGUAUGAAAAAGGGAUCAGUUGGUUUUGAGCCUGAGAACUUAACCCAACCUGACAUUCCAAGCACGUGGAAGGCAAUGGAGGCACUCUAUGAUUCUGGCAAGGCUCGAGCAAUUGGAGUAAGCAAUUUCUCUGUAAAAAAGCUUGGGGAUCUCUUGGCGGUGGCUCGUGUGCCUCCUGCUGUGAACCAAGUUGAAUCCCAUCCCGUAUGGCAGCAGCACAAGCUACAUGAAUUCUGUAAAUCCAAGGGAAUCCAUAUAACUGGCUAUUCACCCUUGGGUUCUCCGGGCACAGGAUCCAUCAAGACUGAGGUCCUUAAGAAUCCUGUUCUUAGCAAGGUGGCGGAAAAAUUAAGCAAGUCUCCUGCUCAAGUGGCACUUCGUUGGGGGCUGCAAAUGGGUCACAGUAUCCUGCCUAAGAGUACAAAUGAGGCAAGGAUCAAGGAAAACUUUGAUGUCUUUGACUGGUCUAUACCUGAAGAUUUGUUUGCCAAGUUUUCUGAAAUUGAGCAGGAGAGGCUGAUCAAAGGCACUGGAUUUGUGCAUGAGACAUUGGGUGCGUAUAAGAACAUUGAAGAACUAUGGGAUGGUGAGCUCUAAAAUGGACAUGAGAGUUGGAGAUCCCAUGAUUUUAUUCUCAUUCGGUACUGGAAGGUCAUUUGUCUUUGCUGCUGUAGCACUUCUGACGCAGAAUGCUGCUGCUGGCCUUUAGUUUAAAGAAGUAGAUGGUGUCUAUCAUCAAUUAUCAUAUUAGUUCUAAUUAAGCUGCAUAUGCAUGUUGUAUUUUCUUUUCCCAGAACUCUCCCUAUCCAUUCCAAGGAUUCCAAGUCCUAACUUGAAACUCUUGUAUUCAAAUGGAUCGGUGGUUUGUUUUCCUAGCUUAAUAAUAAAGGGUCUGGACUUUUUUUUUUUCAACUUGCUUAUAAACACAUUUUUCCCUC